UUAUUCUUCCCUUUCAUAUUCCAAUUCAUAGUUUGAAAAGUCUAUAACAGCCAACCGCGCAGACACGGAAGGUGUUCGAUCUCCAGAAAUUAUAUAUAUUUUUUUAUUCAAAACGUUCACAACACGCUCGAUCUUGUUUAAUUAUAUCUUUUUAUUAUUAUUAUUAUUUUAAAAAAAUUGAAGUCUCUGCUCCAGCGACAGUUACUCAGUUGUUCCAAUGGCUUCAUUGGAUGCUGAAAUGGAGAAAAUGAAGUUCCGUCAAAACUAUCAGAAUCACUGGCAUACCGAUCUUCUCCGUGCUCCGCAGUCCGAUCCUCUCUUUUGCUGUUUUUCGCUUUGGUGUGGUCCUUGUGCAUCGUACAUUCUCAGAAAACGAGCUCUAUACAAUGAUAUGUCAAGGUAUACAUGUUGUGGAGGCUAUAUGCCUUGUAGUGGCAGAUGUGGAGAAAGUCAUUGCCCCGAGUUGUGUCUUUGUACAGAGGUCUUUCUUUGCUUUGCUAAUUCAGUUGCCUCAACGCGUUUUAUGUUGCAAGACGAGUUCAAUCUUCAGACAACAAAAUGCGAUAAUUGCAUAAUUGGAUUCAUGUUUUGCCUCCAGCAGGUAGCAUGUAUAUUUAGCUGCAUUGCUUGUAUUACAGGAAAUGACGAACUUCAAGAGGCUUCUCGGGUUCUGAAUUGUUGCUCGGACAUGGUUUAUUGCACGGUUUGCAGCUGUAUGCAGACACAACACAAGGUUGAAAUGAACAAAAGAGAUGGAAAGUUUGGUGCAAGGCCAACAACAGCACCACCUAUUCAACACAUGUCUCGUUUGGAUCAGCCUCUUCCUCCAACCAUUGCAUAUGCACCUCAAUCAUACCCACCCCCACCCCCACCCCAGCAACCCUAUGGAUACCCACCACCACCACCACAACCCCCUAUAUACCCUCCACCCCCAUUGCAACAUCAUGGCUAUCCUCCACCCAAUUAUGCACCAAGUGGUGUUGGAUACCCUCCACCUGGUUAUCCGCGCUGAAAUUCGUAAGGCAUAAUAUAUAAAUGCGUCAUUUUACUUGGUUUACUUCGUAAGGCAUGAUAUAUAAACGCGUCGUUUUAUUUGGUUUACUUGGUUAUACACUGAUUUUUUUCAAUUUCAUUCUUUCUUUUUGUGGAACCUUAGUUGUUGCAUUGUAGUCCCAAGUGAGGAAAUAAAAUUUGUCAAAUUUGUAUUA